UUGUGUGUUGACACAGUGGCAUACGCACGCCAUGAGGUGUUAAGACACUGUGUUGGCACAAUUGUGUUAUUGCUACCUAUCGAAAGUGGAUCAAGAAACUCCUUAACUCUUCGCUCGAAUUUGCUAUUUCCUUAUGUUUUGCGAUUAUUGGCGGCGAGAGCACUCAACACAGCAGAGUGUGCCAUGUGUGCUAAAAACACUUCCCAGUUUGUGCUUUCAUACUGUGCCAAGUGUGCUACUGUGCUAUCGUUUAAUCGAAAAGUGUGCCUGUGCGUGCGGCACAUCGAUGAGUGUUAGCACAGUAACACAGCACUGUGUUGUAUUACACAUCAGUACUUCUCAGCGCGUAAAUAAAAAUUAACAAAAAGAAAAAUGGACAGAUUUUUGAUUCGAACUGAUGGUAAUAACAAUGCUUGUGAAGAGGAGAGUGUUGUGCUGAACGAAAAUGAAGAUGUCCCAAAAACUAAUAGGCGAAAGAUAUGCUCCUCAUGGAUUGCUGAUUUCAGUGAUUGGCUAAUUAAAAAGGAAACUGCUGCAGGUGAUGAAGAACUUUUUUGCAAGGUAUGCAAUGCCUUUCUUAAAGUGAGUUCCGGCAAAUCAGAUUUAAUAAGCCACAAGAAUACCCAAAAGCACAAAACCAGAUCAAUUUGUAUUACGAAUGGUCAAACCACUAUUGCGGAGCAGUUCAGAAAUAACACUAGAGAAACGAGACUGGUACAAACCUUGGAACUUCAGUUAAGUGCAUUUAUAGCGGAACAUAACCUGCCCUUCUCCUGCAUGGACCAUUUGUCACUGUUUUUAAAAAAAUCCAUUCCGGAUUCAAAAAUUGCUCAACAAAUUUCCUGCGCUCGAACAAAAACGACAAACCUCGUCAAAAAUGUAUUGGGCCCUACCCAAUUUGAAUAUUUAUGCCAGCUUUUACGUAAAAAAAAGUUUUCCUGUGUAUCGACGAGUCGAUCGAUAUAUCCAACAAGAAAUCAUUGUGCUUAGUGGCUAGGGUUGCAAUAAAUUUUUCCAUUAAAGACUUGUUUUUUGGAUUAAUUGAAGUAGAAAACUAUGAUUCACGAAGCAUAUACAAUAUUUCGAAAAAACAAUAUUUGUUAUAAAACUAACUUAAUUGGAUUUGCUGCGGAUGGUGCACCGAAUAUGACAGGCAAAAAUCAUUCUGUUGCUAAACUGUUAAAAGUUGACGUUCCAGAUUUAUUUAUUAUGAAAUGCAUAUGUCAAUCAAUCGCACUUUGUUCAUCAUAUUCGUGCCUUAAGCUUCCAUCCGGCGUAGAGUCUUUAGUAUGAGAUGUGUACAAUUGCAACAUUGUAACAUUGCAAAUAGCCCCAAGCGAAAUGCGCAAUUCAUAAAAAUUGCUUCAAUUUUAGAAUUCAAACCAAAAAUAUGUUACAUCCCGCUCAAACUAGAUGGGUAUCUUUAGAGGCUGUGGUGAAUCGUGUUCUUGAGCUGUAUGAACCGUUAAAAAUAUAUUUUGCAUUUGCGUCUAAUGUGGACCAUAUAGAUUUAAGUUUUUUGAAGUAUAUUCUUCACAUCAUAAAUAACGGUAAUAAAAUAUUUCAAAGCUCAAGCUCCCAAAUACCCGGAAUGCAUGAGGAAAUGUUACGGUUAUUCCUUAAAAUUUUGGAUAAUUUCAUUCAACCACGAUAUUUAAAUUCAAAUCGUAUUAAUGAACUUGAAUUUGAAAAUAGAGCAAACAUGUUAAAUGAGGAGAACGUAUACUUAGGGGUUUAUGUAUCAAAAAAAAUUGCUGAUAGCAAAUUAUCUCCUCUUGAAUUAAAAGAAAUCACCAACAAUUGCAUUGCUUUUUACAUAGAGUUUUGCAAACAAAUAAAAUUCAGAUUUGAAUUUAACGAUAUAACUUUAAAGGAACUGUCUUUUAUGAACCCUGGCAAGAUUUUAAAUAAAAAUAUCACUUCGUUACAAAACAUAACAAACCGAUUUCCAAAUUUAAUUUCUCAAGCUGACAUGCAGAACUUAGAUGAUGAGUUUAGAGAGUUACGCCACUUAAAUUUUGAUGAAUAUUUUAAAUCUUUGGUUAACAUUAAUUACGAAGACUUUUGGGCUACAAUAUCUAAAAUUACACGCGCAAACACUGAAUAUGUAUUUCCCACGUUGUCUAAGUUUGUAUCAGAUUUGUUGUGCCUUCCCAGUUCAUCCGCAAAUGUUGAACGCAUAUUCUCAAAAGUGAAUUUAAAUAAAACUAAAUACAGGAAUAGACUGGAGAGUGGAACUCUAUAGGGUAUUUUAUUUACCCAAGACUACCUAUCAGUUAAUAAAUGCUUCUGUUAUGAACUGAAAAUCGAUCCUAAGAUCGCAAAAACCAUGAAACCAUCUCAGUAAAACUAAAAUUCAAAAUGUAUGUUUGUAUACAUAUGUACGUAUUUUGAUUUCAGUCUUGUAAAUUUAUA